CGAAAAGGAUGCUGAACGAUGAGGAAGAUGAGAAUAUGGUUGAUGAAGCAGUUAGUAUGUUAGCAGCAGCUGAAGAAGAACAUGCUAAUGGAGCUGAAGAUAAUGCUGGUAGUAGCGGUUCGCAAACACCAAUCGCAAAUGGUUCAAGUAGCGGUCAUCAUCCCACUACUGAUAUGACGCAUGGUCAUUCUUCCAUAAGUCCACCAUAUGCAUCAUUCUUCGAUCGAAUUUCCAACAGAUGGUGGAAUCCACAGUUUUCAUCAGUAGCCCUAGAAACGCAAUAUUGGAAAUGCAGCUUUCCGCAACUCAGAGAUAGGUUCAGAUCUGGACUUGUAUACAUUUGUUUAUCAUGCAUUUUAUGGAUUGUUUAUUUGCAAGUUUUCAAUCAUGCUAGCUUAGUACAUUGGCUAAUAUCGAUCAUUUUGUUUAUAAUAUCAUUCGGAAUGUUUCUUUUCACGUUAUUUACCGUAUAUUACCAACGUUUUUACAUGCUAGCAUCAUUUCUCUGUGUUUUUAUACUUUGUACUGUAACUCUACUUAUCUUCUCCGAUAAAUCCGGUUCUUUUAUGAGUCCUAUUGGUGAUUUAGCCACCAGUUUUCAGGUAGUACUAUUAAUCUACACAGUAUUUCCAUUACCGCUGUAUUUGUGCAUGUGCAUUGGCUUAAUCUAUUCGAUAUUGUUCGAAAUGAUCGCUACCGGUAGUAUGAGUUAUGCGGAUACGCCGGGUGUUAAACUUAUUCUCCAUUUUGGUAUCAAUCUCCUUGGCGUUCAUCUUUUUAUUUUGACACAGGUUCGUCAGCGGAAAACGUUUUUAAGAGUAGGACAGUCGUUACUUGCACGUAAAGAUCUAGAAAUGGAAAUGCAAUUGAAAGAUCAUAUGAUACAGUCUGUUAUGCCAAAAAAGGUUGCUAAUGAAUUGUUAAAAGAGACCAGUGUAAGAAGAUCAUCGGCUAGUCAGGAUGCAUAUUUACGUACGACAGGAAGUGAGAGCGCGAAAAGUCACCUUCAAGAUACCCGUGAAGCGAAUGCAUCAACAGGGACGUUGCUGGCACCAAAUGUCCGGAAAUUUCGACCAUUUACGAUGAAUUUGAUGACCAAUGUUUCUAUUCUUUUUGCCGAUAUUGCUGGCUUCACGAAGAUGUCUUCAAAUAAGUCAGCUGGUGAACUGGUAAAUUUGCUCAAUGAUUUAUUUGGACGCUUUGACUAUUUAUGCGGUCUGUGCAAUCUCGAAAAAAUCAGUACAUUAGGUGAUUGUUACUAUUGUGUGGCAGGCUGCCCCGAGCCACGAGCUGACCAUGCCCGUUGCUGUGUUGAAAUGGGUCUUUCAAUGAUCCUUGCCAUCCAGCAGUUUGACGAAGAUCGUGGUCAAGAUGUUAAUAUGCGUGUUGGUAUACAUACCGGGAAGGUUUUAUGUGGUAUGGUAGGUAUGAAACGAUUCAAAUUUGAUGUUUUUCAAAUGAUGUAACACUCGCGAAUGAAAUGGAAUCAACAGGGAUAGCUGGACGUAUACAUAUUUCAGAAAUUACUGCAAAAUUUUUAAAUAAUGAAUAUGUUCUAGAAAAUGGACCUG